AUGGCUGCAUUGCCCGCGGCACAAGCUGUGCCAGAUGAUGACGAUGACGACCUUGGGGGUCCAGUGCUCCCUCCUUUGCAGCCGAUACUUGAGACUGUGUCUGGCAAUCCUUGGCCCGCUGCUGGCAGUCCUGUCUCGAGCGAUCAGGUGACCGCGUUGUUGCAUCAGCUGGGCAACACAACAGCUCUCCUGGGUCAGGUGAUAGGGCAGCGCAGUGCCAGUGAUUCUUCGGUGUCGGGACUUACAGGCAAAGACAUGUCUCGCAUCAUGCCCCGUCCAGAGCCCUUCCGUGCUGCAACGAGGGAACAAGAGCAUUCUGCUUGGCCUUCAUGGCUUUGGUCUCUUGAGCAGUAUUUGACUGUCUUAGACCCCAAGUUCGGAGAAGAGAUCGAUCAGCUGAAAUCAAACUUGCACCGGCAGGUGAACAUUUCUCCCGCAGCCACAGACAUCGUCGCGCGCUCGCGGCAGCUCUUCGCUUUGCUUUCGGUGUUGGUAAAGGGACGUGGGUUUCUUGUGAUCAAGUCGGUCUCUGGGAACUGUGGGUAUGAAGCCCUUCGGCAGCUCAUUUCCUUGUAUGCACCGCAGAGCAAGUCACGCAGCCUUGGCAUCUUGACGGCCCUGACACAGGUCAGUGCUUUUAAAUCUGGCGAGGCAAUGUUUCCACAGAUUCUUGAGCUUGAACGGGUUUUUACAGAGUACGAGAGCGCUUCGCAACAGCUUCUUCAGGAGGAGCUCAAGACGGCGCUCCUUUUGCGUUGUUUGCCCGCUGCUUCGAGAAAUCAGGUUCAUGCCACCCUUCCAGAGGAUGCUUCGUAUGCUGCAGUGAGGGACUGUGUCUUGCGCAUCGAAAGGCAGCAGUUCAAGUGGCAAGGCGUUUCAUACUUUGGUGAUGUUGCGCAGGGUUCAGGUGCAGGGACUGGCGAUGGUGCCACUCCUAUGGAAAUCGACCGUGUUGCCGGCAAAGGCAAGAAGGGCAAAGGCAAAACGAAAGGCAAGGACAGCAAGGGCAAAGGAAAGCAUGGCAAGGACAACAAAGGCAAGGGUCAUCAUGGCAAGGACAAAGGUCAGUCCAAAGGCAAGCAAGGUGACAAGCCUGCAGCUGAUAAGUGCUUGUACUGUAACAAAUCUGGCCACUGGAAGCGCGAUUGCAGGAAGUACAAGGCCGAUUUGAAGGCAGGCAAGGUGCAGGCUGUGUCCGAGGAGUCGGGAUCUACCGUCUCGACGGUGACUCCGUCUCAGAGUGCCUCUCAGGUUGGUGCAAAGGGUCGGGUUGCUAGGCUUGCGGAGAUAGACCUUACAGCUUUUGAUGAGUGUGAUGAGGAGUUUCUUGAUGGAGACACCCGCGUUUGCAUGAUCCAGUGCAGCAUGGAACGAGUUGAGCACUUUUCGAUCAGUGACCCCUCUGAGGUUCGUUGCAACGCUUGGGAUACGAUCUGUGAGUACGAGCUUUUGAGCCUCCCGAGUGAUGUGCUCUUGAAGCUGUGUGAAGCCAAGCAGCUGGAGUGCCAUGCGGAUCAUUCCAAAUCCCUUGCAGAUCCUUCAAGUGCCAUGCAGAUCAUUCCAGAUCCCGUGCAGAUUCCUUCAAGUGCCCUGCAGAUCAGUCCAGAUCCCUGGCAGAUUCCGUCAAGUGUAACGCCUCUCAAGCCGUCUGUGUAUGUGCAUGGCAGUGUCCGUGCUCUUGCUAGUGUCAACGGUGAAGACAUCAUCCUGGACUCAGGAGCGGAUAUCAGUGCACUCCCUGAGACGUACGCCCAGGUUGGUGAGCCUGCUCCAUCGUCGGCUCAGAGGUUCGUCGAUGCUUCAGGCCGUUUGCUGCAGUCCAAAGGCAUACGCAUUGCAGAGGUUCGUGUUGGUUCCAUCAGGUUCCGUGAAAAGUUCUUGAUCGGAGGAGUUACUUGCCCUCUCCUUUCUUUGGGCAAAUUGUACAAGGCAGGAUUUUACGUAAUCCCCUCCACUUCAGGUGACAGUGACUUCAUCCUCACCAACGGUGAUCUGUCCGAACCGGUCAGGUUGAAGAGGCAAUCUCUAUGCGCAACGGGCAGUGUGCGUGUCCUCAACGCUCUACCUUCAGCAGUGCGGGCGGUGAGUGCAGCAUUGCAUGGUCCUUUGCUCCGUCUUGACGCGUCAGGGUGGCAAAGGAUAGGUUCCAGACGCUAUGCGCUUCUAAGUUUUGGUCAGUCUUAUGUCGACAGCACGCUGAUUCCCUUGACUGAGUUGCUUUGGUAUCGCACCACACUUGUGCGCAGAGAUGGCCGGUGGACUGUUGCUGAGUUGGCAGCCGAUGUGAGCUCUUUGACGGAUCGUACGUUGCCGCUUGGGCCCCCGGCUGUCGAACAGGUUAUCACCAUUGCGUAUGACGAUGCCUCCCUAAGUCCUGAGAGCCUAGGGUUUAGUCCUUCUGAUUCCGAUGACGUGCCAGGUUCCCAAGGUGCAGGUUCUGUUGAGGCUCCAGAGGUUCCAGUGCCAAAUGCCGCCGAUCAAGGUCCAGAGGUUCCAGUGCCAAAUGCCGCCGAUCAAGGUCCAGAGGUUCCAAUGCCGGAUGCCGCCGAUCAAGGUGCAGGUGUAGGCGGACUUGAAGGUGAUAGCGAUCUCCCUCCGAGUGCUGAUCAAGCGGCUCCAGUCGCUCCUGCGGCUGAUGGAGGUGGAGAGGCAGCUCCAUCUGAACGUGAAGUCAUUGACAGCGUCACUGUGAACGGUGUUGUGAUUGACCGCAACUCUUCGCUUCGGGUCAUGCGUGCUGCCCUUGUCAGCCUUGGCUUAGGUAAGAAUGGGUCUAAGAGCCAGUGUUGGGAGCGCUUGGUGCGCCAUCUGCGUGAGGCCGAUCUUUUGCGUGAGCAUCAGGUCCAUCACAACUUGAGCGCCGAGCUGAGUCGGCCACCACAUGCACCACCAGUUCCUGCAGCUCCUUCGGACCACGACCGUGCACAGCAUGUGCUGACACAUGAACCGUACCAGCCCUGGUGCGAUGCUUGUGUCAAGUUUCGAGGAAGACAGGAUCGCCACCCGUCUGAGGCUUCGCAUGAUCCUGGCUCUCGGUCUGUCCUGUCUUUUGACUUUGGAUACUGCUCGAGGGAAGCCGAUGACGGUGUUCGAGAAGCCAAGGACCGCCUGACAGUCUUGUUUCUUCAUGAUCGUCACACCAAAGCCGUGCAUGCCAUUCCCACGGCUCAGAAGGGCGGCAGCAGCCUCAGUCACUUGGUUACAGAAUCCGCGAGGUUUGCGAUAUGGUUGGGUCACCGGUCCCUCAGACUCCGAUGUGAUAAUGAACCCGCUAUCCUUGCGGUGCAAGCCGGUCUCUUGAAGGCCCUUCGGAAUCUUGGUGUUGACGUGUCCAAGGACACCGCUCCUGUGGAGUCUCACCAGAGCAAUGGUCCGGUUGAGCAGGUUGUUGGGAGCAUCAGGCAGCAUGCCGCUGUGCUGAUGCAUGAUCUCGAGCAAGCUUGUGGAGCCAAGGACGAUCAAGUGUUGUUUCCACCGCUGCAUCCGAUCUACGGAUGGGCUCUUGCCCAUGCCUGCUGGCUUCGCAACCGUUACACGCCUGUGCAUGGCACUACUCCGUACGAGGCUGUGACUGAUUCGGCGUACAGCGGCACCAUCUGUCGCUUUGGAGAAAAGGUCCUGGGAUACCUCAAACCUGACGGCAAAUCCUCGGCGCGCUGGCGCCAUGGCCUCUGGCUUGGAAAAGCUAUAGGCAAUGACACCCACAUUUUGGGUUUGGUCGGUGGCGUCUUCGUGACGCGCUCAGUGCGAAGGUUUGAAGACAAUUUCGAUCCGGACUUUGCAGCCAGCUUUGAUGUGAGUGUUUUCGAGCACGGGCUCUCGUCCAUAGGGGGGAAACUUGUACUUGGGCACAAGAAGCCAGCCGCUCCUGUUGCAAUGCCUAUCCCAGCUUACGUUGGCCCUCCUCCUUCACCACCAGCCGCUGCAGAAUCGCCUCUUCCUCACGAGGCUCAAGGCUCUCCUUCACAGAUUGCAGGCACCGACUCGCCAGUGCGGUCUCCAACAUCCAUCAACUAUAGCCCUUCUGAUGGCAUGAGUGCCACGGAGGAUGCUGCUCUUUCUGAUCGUCACGGUGAUGUGUUGUCCACUGACGCAGGUGAACCCAGCUCAGCCGAGGCGGGGAUGCCCGCAAUUCCUGCCGAGGCGGGGGCAGCUGCCUCAUCCGCUCCUCUGAUUUCUGAGGCUCUGGGCCUCAGUGAGAAUCCUCGACCAGCCAAGGUCGCCCGCAGGUCUGAUGAUGACCAAGUGAUGGCUCUUGAAGGGCAGAUUUCUUUGAUUACCGCCCCUGGGUGCUGUGCGGAUGAAGUGCCAGCUGGAGAUUUGCUUGUAACCUCUGGAGAGGAGUCUCCCUGCGUUGUGCACAUCAGGCAAGUGUGCUAUGAACAUGAGGAUGAAAAUGUCACUUUGACGUUUGAUGGUGACACGCUUGAUGAGCUCGAGGAUUACGACCAAAGUUUUCUUGAGGAUCAGUCUGGUGACACUGAGUUGCUGCCUGAGCUGUGUCGGCCCCGCACUUCAGACAUUGAGCCAGAGCUCUCUCCGGAGGAGCUCGAAGCUUUGGAUGUGAUUGCUGAUGGAGUUGAGAUUGCUAGGCUAGAGGGCAUGACUGUGCUGCUUCCUGAGUCAGCAGCUCAUAACGAUGAGUACGCAGGUCAAGAGGCCACUCACCUCACCACGCGCAUGGUGCGCACGUGGCGUGAGAAGGAGCUUGGUGGCUCCCCAGUUUGGUACCGACGCAGCCGGUACGUGGCCCGAGAGUAUGCGUGGCUCAAUGAGCGUCAUGACCUCUUUUCGCCCGCUUCCACAGCACUUUCGAACCGCUUGCUGCCGAUCCACUACCUGUGUCACGAGCCUGACCCUGAUGAUCCUUGGGUCAUGGUCGCCCUCGACAUCAGUGAUGCUUACCUUAGCGUCAAGCAGACCCGCCUGGUCAUUGUGCAACAUGCAGGUGUCCGCUACGUGCUGGGACGAGUCUUGCCCGGACAGCGGGACGGAUCCAAGGAGUGGUACUUGGCAUUUUCCAGUUUUCUUGAUGAAGCCUUGGGUUUUAAGAAGUGUGAUGCUCUGCCCUCGUUGAUUCGCGAGCCAGCUUUCAAGUUCAGUAUGCAGAUGCAUGUCGAUGACUUGUUGGGUGCAGGCAGCAAGCGCUUUCUUCUUGAGCGCCUCCGGCCCACGCUUGAAUCAAAGUAUUGUGUAAGCAUCCGCAUCCUUGAAGCUUCGGGGGACACGAUUUCGUUCUUGAAGAGGCAUCACACACUUCUUGCUGACGGUAAAAUGCUGCUAACACCCUCGGCCAAGCAUUUUGAAAAGCUGUUUUCUGUGAUGAAAAUCGAUGAACGGAGUGCCCCGAAGAAGACUCCUUAUGCGCCGCAGCUUGAUGAAAUAGACAACAGCGAGCUUCUCACGUGUGCAGAUGCAAAGGCUUUCCGCUGUGCCAUUGGCAUUCUUUUGUACUUGGCAGUGGAUUUGAUCGAGUGUCAGGGUGCCAUCCGUGCGUUGAGCAGCUACAUGACUUCGCCAACACGCAAUGCACAGGCUGCUUUGAGGCAUCUGUUGAAGUAUCUUCUUGAAGGCCAACACCAUGGUCUCUUGCUUGAUCGCAGAAACUGUUACAACGGAGUUUCCGGCGAGAUUCCGAGACCGAGCCAGCCGAUCUUGUGCUUAGAAGCCUUUUCGGACGCCAACUGGGCGGCGCAUCGCGGCUCUCGCAAAUCGGUUAGCUCAGGGAUGGUGUUCGUAGCAGGUUGCCUUUUGUACAGCUCUAGCCGGACACAAAGGGUGAUAGCUUUGAGCUCAGGGGAAUCGGAAUUGCUUGCGGCGACGUCUACACUUUGUGACGCUUUGUUUGUUCGGCAGCUGCUCGCUUUCAUUGCUGACGAUGAGCCACCCCAGAUUCAUCACUUCCUCGAUGCCAGCGCUGCCAAAGGCAUCAUGGAGCGAAGCGGCGUCGGCCGCGUCAGGCACUUGAGCGUCCGAGUCUUGUGGACUCAGCAGCUUGUUGCAGAUAAGAUCAUCAUGCUUCGCAAAGUUGCAACAUCGAUCAAUGUGGCCGACCUGAACACCAAAGGCCUUUCUCGGAGCCGCAUGCUCAUGCUUUUGCACAUCAUCGGUUGCUGGCAUACUGUGUAUGAGUGCUUUGUUGGAGAAGAUGAGAUUGCUGAUCUGCGCUACAAGCAGGCAAUGAAGGACGCUGUGCGUGCCGUCCGCUCCACAUCGAGUGCGUCCGUGAGCAAGCCUAUGAUUCAGGCCAUUGUCAUCGCUGUUGUGAGCGCCUUGAGUCGUGCUGCGGAUGAUGCUGACGGUGACAACGGCUUGGAUGACUCAGGAGCUGACCUUCCUGACUGGGCCAACCGGGUCCUUGUGUGGUUCUUGGGACUGUGGGUCCGCGAUGACACUGGUGUGUCUGUCAUCGACAUGCUUGUGCAGCCCCAUGCUUUGAUCCUUGCGUGCGUGACAAUGCUGAUGCUUGUGUUGUGCAUCCGCACUUUGUGCUGCAGGGCAUCUGAUCGCGGCCAGGUCAAUGUGCAGAUCGCUGGCCCUCGUGAUCAUGUUUCCUUUCAGUUUGAUCGCCAGCUCAAUUUGCAUGUUGGAGUUGGUGCGCCUGGGACCCCUACGAAUCCUUUGUCUUUCGACUUUGACGGUGAUGACAGCCCUCCACAUGUUUUGUCCGCGCUACGCAAAGGUGCAAGGUCCAAAGCUUCUACCAGACCAGGUCCGAGGUACGACGAUGAGGAUGCUCCUCAUCCCGACGCGAGUUCGUCAGCAGCACCGCCCACUGGUGCGAUGAAUGCAGUGCAGGCUCAUGUGCCUCCUGCUGACCAUGCAUCAGCACCUGGAACACCAGCAGAAUCCAUGAGUUCGCAGCUUUCGACGCAGUCGUUCCGCGAGCUGCACGGGUACCCUAUCGCUGUGGCACGGAGGAUGAACCACCGUGGGAGCCUCGUGUGGGUGUCGCACACAGGCCACUGCUACCAUCGUCUCCGGUGCUUUAAGCUUGAUGGGUGCGAUCGUGUGAAGGCGUACGAGCGCCACGAAGCACAGAACCGCGGACUCCGUGCAUGCAAGAAAUGCAAUCCUUGA